AAGUCAAAUGUUAAAGGUCCUGAUUAUCUGUGUCAAUAAAACCUCGUCAGUCACGAGCUGACGCAGAGUGGCUUCAUUCAGUCUGGAACCAGGAUCCCCAAUCUGUCUUCUAGAAUCAUCUGUAUUUCUUUUGAACAAGCAGGCUGAAUAAAGGUCACAGUCUGGUCUCUUACCCCACUCAGCAAACCUCAACACAAUGCCUCACCGUCAGUGCUCUGUUGAGAUUAAGAACAACACAAACUCCUACACUCUUUCCAACCCAAGGGUCUACACUGAGAGCGGCUUCUGUGAGGUGCCUUUGCCUCCAAUGGUUGGUCCUUGCUCUGCCGUGAAGGCACAUUUUAAAAAGACUAAAGGAGCAGCUACAGGGGCCGUUGGUGUCUUUACUUACGACCUUUUCAAUGCCGAGUUGAACGACUACAGCCACAUCAUGGCCGUCAUGUUCUCUGUGCCUUAUGACAGAAUCCUUUACUCCAACUGGUUUGCUGUGGGAAUCUUUAAUAAAGAUAAAAACUGUGACCACAGUCUUUACGACAAGAUGUACAAUGGAGGUGAGAGUAACUUUGUCAGAGGAAAAGCUGAUGAGUCGGGCAUUUUUUAUGAGGGUGACUAUGUUAUCAUAAGUGCCUCCAUGACAGAUUCAGGUGAAGCCGUCCUGACAGUGGAGGUCAAUGACACUGGCUUGUAUUAAGUCUUUAGUGGUUUAAGCCAGACAACAUGAUCACUUGUUUUCGUGAUAAAGAAAAAAUUGGAAAUGUUCUUUUCCUUUGUUUAUUGAUCUGAUGUAAUGUCAAGUCUUAAAUUAUACAUUCUAACCCUUAAAUAUAUGUUGUUGAUAAAGAUAGAAAAAGCAAAACUUA